AUGUCUUCCAAGGAAGCUGGAUCCGGCUUGUCAAGCCAGAAUAAAACUACGUGGUCGAGUUUUCUCAAGUCAAUCGCUUCUUUCAACGGCGACCUCUCUUCCUUGACCGCACCCCCCUUCAUCCUUUCUAGUACCUCUUUGACCGAAUACUCUGCCUACUGGGCUGAGCACCCCGCCCUGUUCGUCGCCCCAGCACAAGAAACCGACCCUGAGAAGCGAGCCCUCGCCGUUCUGAGAUGGUUCCUCAGCACCCUUCGCCAGCAGUACUGCAGCCGCAGCGAAAAACUGGGUAGCGAGAAGAAGCCUCUGAAUCCGUUCCUCGGAGAGCUCUUUAUUGGCAAGUGGGAUGGCGAUGAAAACGUGGGCGAGACCAGCUUGAUCAGUGAACAAGUUAGCCACCACCCCCCGGCGACUGCCUACGCGAUUCGGAACGAGAAACAUGGUGUUCAGCUGCAAGGAUACAACGCCCAGAAGGCCUCGUUUUCCAGCACUAUUUACGUCAAACAGAUCGGCCAUGCCUUGUAUACCGUUACCCCGCCUUCUGCAGACAAGAACGACCCAUCUCAGCAAGAGAAAUAUGUUAUUACCCUCCCGCACCUCCACGUCGAAUCGCUGAUCUACGGAACACCAUUCAUGGAGCUCGAAAAAUCGACCUACAUCGUCAGCAACACCGGCUAUACCUCAAAGAUCCACUACUCGGGCAAGGGCUGGCUGAGCGGCAAGAAAAACACCUUCACCGCUAGUCUAUACAAGGAGAGUGAGGGCGAAAAGAAGCCUCUAUAUACCGUUGAAGGCCAAUGGUCCAACUCCUUCACCAUCAAGGACGCCCGGGCCAAGAAAGACGUCGAGACCCUGGCAGUGAGUGAGCUGAAAACCACCCCGCUCACCCUCGCGCCCAUCGAAGAACAAGACCUCUACGAAAGCCGCCGCGCCUGGCGCGACGUCGCAGCAAACAUCGAAACCGGAAACAUGGAUGCGGUCUCUACAGCCAAGGGCAAGAUCGAGAACGCGCAGCGCGAACUCCGCAAGGUCGAGAAAUCCGAGGGCCGCGAAUGGGAGCGUCGCUUCUUCGACCGUGUCGAGGAGAACUCCGACCCAGAAUUCCUGGAUCUUGCACGGAAGGCUGGCCUCACCUCUUUGGAGAGCGACAAGACAGGCGGCGUGUGGCGAUUCAACGCAGAGAAGGCGGCUGGUGCGAAGCCUCCCUACCACAAGAUUGGUGGCGAGGGUCUGGGUGUGCCGCAGUGA